ACAUCCUCAUGCAGUAAAAAUAGAUUGCAACCUGCCUGAGUGAAUGGAUACUGAAGUGUGCUCAGCAUGGUGUCAGAGCGGGAGAGCAGAACGAGCUUUAAAGGUGGCGAUUCAUUGCCAAGUUCAUGGUCCUGCUCCAGCCUGUGGAAACAGGAGGUGAGCUGAGUUGGUUCAGUCCGGAGUCCUCCCCCCGUGUCUGUGCGUGUGGUUUGUCCCGCCUCCUCGCGGACUCCAGUGACGUCAGCAGUAGUAGCUCGUGCCUCCAGCAGCAGGUUCAUUCAGUCGCUCCCUGUCAGUCAGACGGAGCUAACGGUUCCGACGGUCAGUCAGAAUGGACCUGCACUUCCCUCCUUCGCUCUUUUCCCCCAUCAGGAACGGAACCGGACAUGUGUGAAAAUGUCUCCUCUUCUUCUUCUACUUCAGCUCAACUUUCGUCCCAGUUUGGAUUUUACCUUCAAGAAAAGUGAUUUGGAAGUUUGAACCAACCGGCGCUCUUUUUCUUUUUGGUUUUUUUCUAACGUGUGUGGGAAUGUAACGUCUGUUCAUCUCUUCUAUCAAGCUAACACUUUAGAUGACUUUCACAACUUUUAUAUUAUGGAUACACAGAUACAGCCGGAGUAUUUUCUCAACCUUUUGUGAUUUUUUUUUUCUUAGGUUUAUUUUUCUUUUUUCCUGGAGUUGGAAGUUUGACUAAUAUCCUGGAAAACCGUCUCAGUUUGUCAUCAUCUAAGCUAGCUAGCGGCGGAGAAUGCUAUUUUCUGCUCACUUCAACUGCUGUAGUAGUUUUGUUGUGUUUACGUGAUAUUGAAAAUAAUAAUGAUUUCUGAGGAGAGAAGCAGCCACGUACAUAAACAAGCCCUGAACUUCCCUGUGGGUUUACUGAUCCGCUCUCCGAAGAAGCGCCUGGCCAAACUGGGGAGGAAACCCAGCAAUGGAUCUGUCCAGUCCAACACCUCUGACAGCACUGUCCGCUCCACAGAGAGCGUGGGUGUCCGGCAGCCAGCCAAGAGCAAAAUCCGCCGUCACAAUAACAGGCUUUCAACUGUUUUCAACCAUAGCCCCAACCUGCGGGACAGUGGGCGCCGUGGCCAGGCGCUGCCGGGCGACCUCCAGGCUGCAGACGACCCUGCAGAGCUGUCCAGUCAAAUGUCUGUCCCCGGGAUCCUGAAGAUCUUCGGCAGCGACAUCUGUCAGGGGACCAACUAUAAGAGCGUGUUGGCCACCACACAGUCCAGUGCAAAGGAACUGGUGAAGGAGGCACUGGAGAGGUACUGCCUGGAAAAAGAAGAUGCCAAUGAUUACGUCCUCUGCGAUGUGAUUGGCAAGACGGGCGCAGAUAGCCAGUGGAAGAGGGAGUGUUUCCGGGCGGUGGGAGACAACGAGAAGCCCCUCAUGCUGCAGUCACUUUGGAAGCCCAAGGAGGGCUUCUCCAGGCGUUUUGAAAUCCAGCUGAGAGCGAGCAUUGAACAGCAAAGUUUAAAGGACAGAGACACAGUCACUGCAGGUAUCAACGCUCAGGCUCGUAAGCUGCAGAAGAGUCGCUCCAGAGUGACCUCUCUGUUUGUGGACGGCAGCGGGGAGGAUGUGGACGGACUCGGGUUCUGGAGAAGUUUGAGUGAGAUGGAUCUCUCUGCGAUGGGGAAGGAGGCCAACCGGGCCAGACAGAGUGCGCUGAGAGAGGAUCCCGAGGCCGAGGCUGACAAGGAGGUCCUGCGGCUCGGCAUGGAGAAGGAGGAGACGGAGAGCAGCGACGACAACACCACCCAGUACUCCAUUCACCCGCCAUUUGACUUCCCGUACUUCCUCCUGCUGCAGGGCUACAGCCACAGACAGGUGAGGGAGGGAGGAGGGAGCACACUGCCUGAUUAUUCAGACUUCGUCAUCUACCUGAUGAGCGGGACCACCACCAUCUUCGGCUGCUGCAGGGAGCACUGUAACGGAGAAGAUGAGGAGAGGUUAAAGGUCGACAUCCUUCUCUUUGCUCCUGAUGUGUUGCCCCAACACUGCUGUGUCAGACGCCUGGACUCUAACAUCCCAGCCACCACAGGGGAGCACAGAAAGACACUGACAAUGCUGAAGCCUCUCCAUGGUGCUCCUGUGACCAGAAAUGGCUUCCUUCUUAAAGAGGAGGUGGAACUGAACCCAGGGGACUUGGUUGGCUUGGGGAAACACUAUCUAUUCAUGUUUAAGGAUCCUACCAGCACAUCAGGAUCCCUCCAGACUCCUCCGUGGAUGACCAGACUCUGCCCAAACUCUACAAAAGCAUCAUCCUCUUGUUUAUCGUGCGGCUCCUCCAUCAGCAUCACAAGGUUGCAGAGGAAGCCUUUACCGCCUCGCUGGAGGGACCUGGAAGGCACAGAGGCUCUGGUAAGCUACGAGCUGGAGCAGGAGGAGCAGGUCCUGCAGGAGAUUUUGUAUCUGUUGGACUCCAGUGGAAAUGAACCGAAGCUGGUGCCUGCGUUUCUGCUGAGCCUGUGCAUCCAACACUCAGCCUCCACGUUCCAGCUGACACACUUCAGACAGCUGCUGCUCCGGAUAGCUAGUCAGAUCCAGCUCGUCAUGUGGGAGAAGACAAAGGAACUUGCAGCAAUCCAGCCAGAAACGAGCUCCAGCGAUGGGCAGCCUGAACAUCUUCAGUUGCUCAGCAUGGAGGAGCUGAUCCCAGGUCUGCAGCCUCUGGUGCUGUGGAUGGCAAACUCCAUUGAACUGCUGCACUUCAUCCAACAUGAAGUCCCUCAGCUGCUGCCCUGGAGGCAGGAACAGGAGGAUGAAGGUCUGUUGGACUCCGAGAUGUCGUUGACUCGGACAGCCUGUGAGGAAGCCAUGACAGUCCUGGAGGAAGUCAUCAUGUUUACCUUCCAGCAGUCUGUCUAUUAUCUAACAAAGAGUAUGUAUUCAGCGUUGCCCGGUCUGCUGGAUGGGAACCCGUUCUCAGAGAGUGGUCAGCUGCGAGUACCUGACGGGCUCAGCGGCAUCCUGGAGGUGUUGAAGGAGGCACUGAAGCUCCUCACAGCCUUCCAGGUCCAUCCAGACAUCUCACUGCAACUCUGUGCCUACCUGUUCUUCUUCAUCAACGCAUCGCUGUUCAACGCCCUCAUGGAGAGAGGAUCUGUCGGAGGGUUCUACCAGUGGUCCCGAGGUGUUCAGAUCCGGGCCAACCUGGACCUGCUGAUGGACUGGAUCCAGAGCAUCGGUCUGAGCGAUCUGGCCACCGAGUUCUUCCAGAAGCUUUCUGCUGCUGUCAAUCUGCUGGCUACACCCAAAGAAACCCUCAUGCAGGCGUCCUGGGCUUCUCUCAGGACAGAGUUUGCUGCCCUGAAUCCCGCUCAGCUUCACCACAUGCUAAGGGAGUAUAGCUCGACUAAAGCCUGUCCCCCUGGAUGGACGCCAUCACCAGAUGAUGCGGAUGACGCUAUCAGGACGGGCGACAUCCUGGAGAGCUUCGAUAACCACCCGCCGCUCAUCCUGCCCAGCAACACGUUUCACCUGGAGCUGGGUAAGCCCAUCGUGGAGCCUGCUCUGUUUGAACAGCUCAACCAUCUGCAGGAGUUCAUACGCCGACUGCCCCGCAGUGAAACCCAAGCCAAACCUGAUGAGGAGGAACAGGGGACGACCACAGACAGCCAGUCUGCGACCUCGCCCUCCGUCAGGGUCGUCCAAGAUCCCGCCCAUCAGGUGGCCUCUGACCCGGUUACCUGUCCAAGCCCUGAGGCAGACCUGGACUGUACCUCUCCUUCAGAGCCGACUCAGUCCCGAGGAUCUCAUGGUGACCUGAGCAGUUGUGAGGCGGUCCUGGCCCAGAAGCUGAAGAGCCUGGAGCUACAGAACACGCUGCCAGGUCAGGCUGACCUGGUCUACCAUAAGAGCCUGGCACUGGACCCGUCCUGCCUGCUGACGCCACCCAACACCCCGCAGGGUAUGGAGCUGGCCGAGCUGGAGGCGGAUCUGCGGGAGGGCGCCCGCCAGCAGAAAGCCAGUGGAAGUGCUGAGGUGAAGACUGAGAAUAUGAGCGAAGAAGAAGACAGAGAGGAAGUGUUCACGGUGGAGCUCCACAGAGGACCUCACGGUCUCGGCCUGGCGCUCGUGGAUGGAACGAAAACUCAGCUGAGAAUGAGCGGCAUCUAUGUGAAGUCAGUGGUUCCCGACUCUCCUGCAGCUCGCUGUCAGAAACUGAGAACAGGAGAUCGAGUCCUGGCUGUGAACGGCGUCAGCCUGGUCGGGAUGGACUACAACAUUGGUCGAGAACUGAUCCGAUCAUCGGGAGACUCUCUCAGACUGCUGGUGGCAAAGAUCGACACUAAGACAAGCAGCAAGAGCUCGGCUACGACUAAAUGCUGAAGGAGGAGCUGUGCUGGACGACCAAGUGCAAGUGAUUCCCACAAACCAAAGGAAAACACACUUCCUGCUUCUCCUUUCAGACUUAUUGUGAAGUUGAGCUGUUUUCUGCGUAGAGACAAUCAAGCGAACAGCAGCAGGACUGACUCGGUGAGCUCAUCAGGACCAACUGUGGCCAUAUUCUGGGCGGCGGACGGUUCAGGACAAGUUUUUAAGAGCUGAUUGUGCUGUCGAAGCGAACAAACUCUGCGUCAGGCUCCUCAUAUACUCAUAAACCGCUCCUCUGGUUUGGUGGUGAGGAAAACAGCUGAAACAUGUAUUUGAGUGUCUGCGUAUGCAGUAAUCUGUCUGAGGGACUCCACCAGGCUGCUCCAGGAUCAGGACUUCAUUCGUGCCGGGUUCUAACUGGAAUUCUUUUAGCAAUUUUGUGGCUAUUUUAAAAACUGUGAAACCGCAUAUUGUACGCUCCAUCUCACCCGUCUUCUGUGAGGCUGUUAUGAAAACUUAUUUCUUUCUCACAAGUAAAAAAACAUGUUUUUCCAAAAGCAAAUAUAUGUUUGUGUUGUUAAACAUGUUUCUCUGAAAAACCAGCAGGAUUAUUUCAGCGUUCUGGGAGAUGUUUUUUCUUGACGCUGGAUGUGAGACAACAAGAUUGUCUUGGGCAUUUUCCUUUUUUUAAUUUCAUGACCGACUGUACAUGAAAGCUCUCGGUCUGUUACACCAGCAGGUUCAGCGUUGUGUCAGGAGACGUUUCCAGGUUAAAGAAUAGGAAGCUAUAAUCGGGUAAAUCUGCAAUAAUUAAGUUUUUCAUGCUUUUAAACAAACUGAAGCUUCACCUGCCUCUCUUUAAAGUGGCUGUAGUCGUAUAUAUAUUUAUCAUAUUAAUGGAUCAGAAGACAAACCCAGAGCUUUACAGUGAGUUUCAGCUCAUUGUUUAUCUGUCCAGGCCACAACUUCACUGUUUUGGUUCACCCUCAGGAGGUGGUGGAGACCAAAAACAGAGCUAAAACAGAGAAUACUACACUCCAGAUACUAGACUUCUGGAUGUGUAAACAAGCAACUGUUGCUCACAAGUUCAACAUAUUAACCUAAAGGUUGAGUGUCAGAGUUCAGACUCCUCAGCUAAAAGCCAAAAACAUGUUUUCAUGCAGCUUCAACACUCGUCUGUUUGUACAUAUCAUUUGUUUUAGUGGAGCAACGUUCAAAAUCUACACACAGAUAUGUUCAGUAGUUAAAUAAAACUAAAGGGAUAGUUCAACAUUUUGGGAAAUGUAGCGCUAGUUAGCUUAGCUUAGAAUAAAGAAUGGACACAAGGGGGAACAGCUAGCCUGGUUCUGUCCUAAUAUAACUUAAUCUGCCUUCCAGCACCUUCAAAGCUCCUUGAUAACGUUUAUCUAAUUGGUUUACAUGUUGUCUGUCUCUACACUUUAUGCUAAGCUAAGCUAACCAGUGUCUGUUUGUAGUUCAGAGACAGUGGUGUCAGUUUUCUCAUCCAACUGUCGCCUAACUGUUCCCAAAAACGUCAAAAAGCUGAGCAUGACUGACCUGAGAGCAGCUGACAGUCUCAGUAUGUUUAACACUGUAGAACCACAGUUUGUUUUCAUCCCAAAUGUAAACAGUGUUUAACUCCAGAGUAUAUUUACACACAUAAAGUAUUCAAUUUUGUAAUAUUUAUAUUGCGCAGUAUUUUUGAAACUAUGGAAUAAAUAUUAUUUUGACUUUGGAAACGC